UGCUUCCCCUAGGCCAUGCCCAAAUCGGUGGCGUGGUCCCCAUUCGCCGGUGGCACCUUGCUCAUGUGCCUGUUGGAAGUCCUGCAGCAUCCACCAUCUCCAGCCUGGACCCGGGUCAAGGGGUGUGCUCAGGGAGUGUCUGUUGAGUGGGCAGAGAUGAGGGAGCCCAGAAGGCAGAGGCAAGAGAAUGGAGCGCUUGUGUGGAUUCCUGGCCUCAUUAACCCAGCAUCUCUCCCCAGCCCCCUGGCCUUCGCCUGCUCACCAAGGCUCUGCCCCCUGUCCUUUGGCGAAGGAGUGGAGUUUGACCCCUUACCACCAACGGAAGUAAGGUACACUUCCUCCAUCAAGUACGACUCAGAUCGGCACUUCAUUGACGAUGUCCACCUGCCCCUGGGCCUGGCCGUGGCCUCCUGCAGCCAGACAGUCAUCUGCAUCCCUAACUGCACCUGGCGCAACUACAAGGCUGAGGUGCGCUUCGAACCCCACCACAAGCCCACCCGCUUCCUCAGCACCACCAUCGUCUACCCCAAGUACCCCAAGACCAUCUACACCACCACUCUGGAUUACAACUGCCGCAAGACGCUGAGGAGGUUCCUGUCCAGCGUGGAGCUCGAAGCCACGGAGCCCCUGGGCAGCGACUGCCUCUCGGAUGAGUGCUGACUCACGCCCGGGUGGGGCUGGACCAGCUCUUCCGCUGCCUCCUGGUGCGAAUCAGGCCCCAGAGGUGUCUGACCCAGCGAGGCCUCUGAGCCCGGCCUGGGGAGGGAAAAAAAUGUCCCAGCAUCAUAGUAGAACCAUUGAGAGAAUUUUUGGUUUUUAAAAAUGGUCAAAUUGUUUUUAAAACGAGUAUAAUGCUAGUUUGCUGCUGCCUGGUGUCCCCAAAGUCUCAGUUUGACGAGAAAACGGGAAGCCAACUGGAGCAAAAGGAAAACAGCCCCAGUUUGAAAUUGGGAGGGAGGAGCGAGCUCUUCCUUGGUCAGCUGGCCUGAGGAAGGCCGUGCAGAACGUCUCUGGGGUGGAGCAAGUGAGUUUGGAGACGGUUCAGCCCAAGGUGUGUUCCCUAAAAGCGGUGCUAAUUCAGUAAGCUGUGACAUCCGGGUGGGUUCAGUCUGUGGAGAGCCGAGUUCUGUGCCGUAUUUUUUUCCAUUUCUAUUUGCAUUUUCUGUUCACCAAAAACUCUUGGAAUUCUCGAAAUCUUUUUCAUGACAUUAAAAAAAAAAAACCCAAACCACAAUAUAAGAUGCCUUUAAAAAAAGAAAGAAAGAAAGAAAGAAAGAAAGAAAAAUUUCACCCUGCUCUCACCUCUUCAAGAGAGUCAGGUCAACCAGUGGCCAGGUUGAGAGCAACGGCUCCGGUUCUGGUUCCUUCCACCCACUGGUUCCAAGCUUGGGCUCUGGCAAAGCGCCUUGAACCCUUGGCAUCUGGUGAUGUCUCCACAGGCUUGUGUAACUCUCCUGAUAUGUAUUUUGGGCUUUCCAAAUACUUUUCUAUUUUUUCAUAAGGCAAAACAGCAGAGGGCCCUUUUGAGAGAAACGGCAUUUUUAAAGAAUGCUUAGGGAAACCACUUUUGGGGACUCCAUGAGGGGGUUUUGCUCACAGUGGGAAAGGACGACCAUGCCUAGGACUUGCUGCUGGCUGGGAGGGGGCAGAGGUAGAUGUUUCUGGUAAUCUGUUUCAUCAGCAUGGGUGUCCUCUCCAGGGACCCUGGGUCAACUGCCUUUAGGACUUUGACGCUGUCACCGCUGCAGAGGAAUCCCACCAGUCUAAGCCCAACAGCAAGAAAAUUACCCCAUCCCCCCUCCAGGUGAAGGAAAGGUGACUUCAGGCUAGGGAUUAAUGUCACAAGUCAGACUCCAAAACGUGGGCACUGUGGCAAUGGUACAUAUUUCUCUUAAGUGCUUAGUUUAGUGUUAAGUGACAAUCAGGGCCUUAGGUGCAAUGGAAGACACUUGGUGAAUUCGGCUGAACGGGCCUCAGAGGCGGAAAUGGCGGAGGGGCCAGAGGGGGCGGAGGGCCAGGCUGUCUCUGGCAUCAGCGCCCCCCCCUCCUCCUGCCAACCCCCUGCCCCAGGGCUUGUACUUCUUCCUGCCAAUCCCGGAGGUUUUUGAGUAAAGAAAGUGGCAAAUGGCUUUUUCUCUUCCAAUAUCGGAAAGAACAUUCCAUGGAUAUUUCCUUUGAAUACAUCCGCAUUCUAUUCAGUGCUCAGUGCUCGGUGCUCGAGAGGGGUUAUAGCGUGUCAUAAACCCAGAUUGCCACUGUAUCUUUGGGUUUCUGUUGAUGGCUUCUGUGUGUCCUGAGAGCAAAAUUGAUAGCUCUGUAAGUACCCUGGAGCCACAGCAGGGACCUUUGUUCCAAGGAGAGCAGGCGUGAUGAUAAUCACUCUCCUUUAAGAUCAUUGGCAGCCUCUAGAGCCAAACUGUCCUCUUCCCCUUUAACAAUGUUUAGUCCGCGGUGCCCCUGUUUGGAUGCCUCUCUCAGAGGGACCGUGGUCGGGUCCGUGGUCGUGAGUGUGCUGUAGCGAAGCUGAGCCAGAGCCCAUCGAGGGGGCACUCUGGGACUCCACACCCCGCUUCGGCGUGCAGAGUGACAAAUGCCGUCUGCCUUUGGAGGAGUAAAAUUACCUGGCAUUUCUUGACAAAAAUGGAUUUUGCUCUCUGAUUUCGUAAUCUGAUCAUUGAAGAUGAGUGGUAAAUGUAAUUUUUAAAUUGUGUUAAGAGACGUCCCAAGGCUUUGCUCUGGCCCAGUGGGGACACUUGAAUGAGCUCAGAACAACACUGUGGGCAGCGUGGCAGGAGAGCCGUGGGGGAGCACUGCCUUUGAACACAGCCACAGUCUCAUAGGGACGUUUUGAGCUGUCCCUAUGAGAUUUCUUUGUUUUGGGUGUUGGUCAAGUUCAGGCAAAUCAUUCUAGGUGUGGAGAGAAUCUGAAAUAUUACCAGUAAAGUGGAAGGGAGCGACUGUGAAUGUGGAAUGCCAAUAGAAAAGCAGGUUGUGGCCUAAGUUAUUCCCUAGGGAACCAACUGGAGUUCUUUCUGGUCUUUUCCUUCAAACCUGCUGUCUGCACGUUGCAAGAAAGGAAGCAUAUGAAGAUGUGAUGGGCACUUAGGGUAGAUCAAAUGACAUUGACUAUCGGUUGAUUUGUGUUAGUUUACAAGGUAAAAGCAAUGAUUUUUAAACCUUGCUCAUUAAAACCAAACAUUCCUAACCAUAUCUGAGAGAUACAGUUUACUUCUUAAGUAAAAAGUCUUUGGGGCACCUGGCUGGCUCAGUAGGAAGAGCACGUGACUCUUGAUCUCGGGGUCAUGAGUUUGAGCCCCACAUUGGGCAUGGAGCCUACUUUAAAAAAAAAAGUCCUUUUUCUCAGUCUCUUAAAUUAUAGCUUUCAUGUAAUAAGGAGGAUUUGUAUUUUCAGAGAAAAGUUGUUUUCUUUUCUAAUUCAGACCUUUUGAAAAGAAUGAUUACCUUUUCAAUUGACUCUUUUCCUGUUUCUAACCUUUGGAGAUCCAGAAUAGCAUUUGACAAAAACUCCUCUUUAAAUUUAUCUUGAUAUCUGUCCCAUUCCAUUUUGCUUUGUGACUUCUUCAUGUAACAAUAAAUUAUCUUUAAAGAAACAGAA